AUGGCCAGCGACAAUAAUGUUAUCGCUAUUGACAAUAGCAGUGUUAUCGGUUAUUACAUUCCUUCGACCUUCGAGCUACCCGAAGUCCCGAAUGAAUACGAGUUUCAUCAGCAGCGUAUGCAACGUAUUAAAAACGGCGGAAGUGCUCAGCCUUCGCCCGCUAUUCACUUUACAGAACUAUUACCACAACAGGAAGCGACCGCAACCACCACCAGUGGUGAUGCUAAAGUUAUCAAUAAUACUUCCUUAACUACGCCGACAAAAGAAAAUUUACCGCUUCCGCUUUCAAAAGAAUUAACUGAACUACUACAACCGAUACAAACUCAGACAUUUCAAGACGCGUUCCUCAUUGAACCAGCACCACUCUCUGUGACCUAUACGACACUUGGGGAGGGAAAGCAGGAGCAAACUGCGAAUUCACAUUCAACACCUCCUGCACAAACUGUCAAAAAUGAUAACAAUACCAAUUAUAAUAAUGGAGCCAAAGUAUUCGCGUGCACUAAUUGUAAUCGAAAAUAUCAAGGCAAAAACGCGCGUUCUAUCCUCCGACGUCAUUUGAAGGAAAAACACGGGAUUGAGGCGCCAAGAGGUACACGAUGGGAUAAUGAUCCUAAUCGACCAAAAACCGAUGAAGAGAGGCGUCAACGCAUGUUACAAUCAAAAAGAAAAUGGGCACAGAAAGCGCGUGCAAGAAAGAACGCACUCAAAGCAUCAUCCGCUGUUCCUCAAAUGUCUAAUCCCGGCACACCGAAGCGAACAGACGAUAACGACGAAGAUAAUAUUAAUAAACCAACAUCAACAGAAUCUCCUACGACUGCUCGCGCGGCUUCGCAAUUGCUUUACUUGAAGACUUCGUCUCUUCCUUUAUCUUCUACAACAACCACUUCCGAUGAAGAGUCGCCACAAACUCCAUCUCCCACGGAUAAUUUCUUCUUUAACGAUAAUGUUGAUGUUAUCACACUUGACACUGUAAUGACCGGAGGAUCGGAAAACGAUGAUGAGAAUAACAUCGUGACGUCAACAACCAAUAACACUUCUAGUUGCAGUAAUUAUUUUUCAACGACAACAUUACCGUCUAUCAAUUCAUUAACAACAUCAAUAGCUACCCCGACACAACGUUCUUCUCCGUGUCAUUACGCGUACACUCAACAGCAACCGAAACGAUUCCUCUAUGGAAACUUUGCUCUCCGAAUAAUCCAAUCCACAAUCGAAAACGGUUACCAUCUCGUUGAUCUCUCGUAUCUGAAACUGCGCGAGCUACCGAUAGAGCUAGCGGAACUAAGAUAUCAUGUGGUAUUGGACCCGCAGACUGGCGUCUCGAAUAAAUCGUUGAAAUUAUUCUUGGCCGCAAACAAGUUGUGUAAAUUGCCAGGGUGGUUAUGGGAUAUGAAUAAUUUGAAGGUGUUGAGUUUGCGAAAUAAUAAGUUACGUGAAUUACCACCGGAGAUAGGUUUGCUAAGUAAUUUAGUCGAGUUAUCAGUGGGUAAUAAUCUCUUGAAAUAUCUUCCAUCAGAAAUUCUCCGAUCACCAAAGCUUGAUAUCCUCAACAUUGAUCCGAACCCAUUUCUCUCUCCAAACGCAUUAAUCGCAUCACCAUUAUCUUCACAAUCAUUCUUGCUAAAAACACACCAUCGCCAUCAUCAACAACAACUUGUAAUCCACCAAUCCACUCAACCGGCCUCACUACUGGAUCUUGUGGCGCGUCAAUGUGCAUUGUUUAACUUGAUCGCCGAAAACCCCAGUAAACCCGAACUUCCUGCCCACCUCUUGAACAGAGUAUUGCACGCGAAAAAAGUGAACAAGUGUGCAGGAUGUUGCGGGAUGUUUUUGGAGUCGUCGAUUGAGAUUGUGAUUUGGAAAGAUUUUUUGUUGGAUAAUACGUGCGUUCCUUUGUUGGUGAGAUUAUGUUCGGCAAAGUGUUGGAAACAUAACUUGGAACUAAUUGAAUAA